AUGUCUUGACAUAAUGUGGCGAUUCGCGCUGUUGCAACUGGUCUCUGCAGAGACAAAAAGCCGAUCACCACAUAUUGUUCUUUUCAUCGCUGAUGAUCUUGGCUGGAACGAUGUUUCAUGGAACAACCCCAAGAUGUUCUCGCCAUUCCUGGAGUCAUUGGCUCGAGGAGGUGUCAUUCUGGACCAACAUUACGUCCUUCCAAUGUGUACCCCCACGAGGGCUGCACUGCUGACUGGUCGCUACCCGUACAAGCUUGGCAUUCAGGGACAUGGCAUUCGCCAUCUAGAGCCGUAUGGCUUGCCGCUCGGGAUGACGACGCUGGCCGAGGAACUCAAGCGUCGAAAUUACACAACCCACGCCUUUGGCAAGUGGCAUUUGGGCUACUGCAACUGGUCGCUGACCCCGACUCACCGUGGCUUCGAUACUUUCCGAGGGUACUACCUGGGCUCCCAAGAUCACUUCAACCACACAGUAACGGAGCGGAAAAACGGCGCACUAAAAGAGAAAAAAGGAAUGCACGAAAAAGAGGGAGGUUUACAGGCUAAUGGAUACGAUUACCGGAACGGCGAGAAGGUAGAUUUGUCGGCAAAAGGAAUUUACUCCACGACGCUGAUAACAAACCACGUUUUGGAAACGAUUGCACAGGAAUCGAAGAACAAUAGCCCAAUGUUUCUCUACGUGGCCUUCCAGGCUGUGCACGCGCCCUUGCAGGUGCCAAGCAAAAAACGGACCAUUUGCUCGAACCACACCUACAACAAGCGAGUGAAGAUAUGUGAAAUGUUGGGAUCCAUGGACCAUGCGGUGGAACUCAUCGUUAAAAAGCUGAAGGACGUGCAAAUGUGGAACAAUACUCUUCUCGUCUUCAUGAGCGAUAAUGGUGCUCAAGUGCUCUUCGGCGGAAAUAACUCCCCUCUACGUGGUAACAAAAACACGCUCUACGAAGGAGGAACCCGAGUGCCAGCAUUUGUUGCGGGACCUGCGGUAAAGAGAAGGGGCUAUAGAAGCUCAAGGGAAGGACAUCUGAAGUUCAUUCUAAGACCGUCGAAGGCUUUUGGCAGCUGGUAUUCGGAGUCGCAAGAAGAGUUUGAGAGUGUGGAAUCAGUCGGCAAUGUGUCCGAAUCGGUUCUCUACAACAUCACAGCUGACCCCAAUGAGGAGAAUGACUUGUCCUGGACGUUGAAGACCGAAACAGAGCGCUUGCUAUCAAAAAUGAGGAGUCUGGCCCAUCUGAUGGUGCCUUCUCACAGUCCGGACGACGACCCGAGAGGCAAUCCAACUCAGGGGGACCAUACGGGAGUGUUCAGUCCCGGCUGGUGUAAGGCUCCCGUCUGGAAGCAGCCUCAAACAGCGACAGAAGCUUCGACUUGUCAAUGA